UUGAGCAUAGACCUAACGGGGCUGUAGCCGAGGUCGGUGGCGGCGUGUGGCCAUUUCCACGUCGUUCUUCCUUGAAGUGUUUUGUUGCAGUCGCGCGCGGGUGACCGCGAGCUCUGUGCUUGAGAGUUCCGUAAGAAGCGCGUGCCCGCGGCGCGCACUCGGAGGCCCCGCGUGUCGGCUCUGGAGCUUCAGGCUCCUGGGUCUCGUGGGUCAGUUCGUCAGGCCAGUCAGCGCUGGCUGGAGCCGCCCGCGGUGGAAUUCUCUGGAGAUCACGCCUUCCCUGCUUGUGGUGGACGCUGGGCGGCGGCGUGUCGCCUGAGCUGUCGCAACCCGGUAACGCCUCCACCCAGGUCGAGCGGAUCCGUCGGUGCCUCAGCUCCUCAGGAGAGAUGAAGAAAACCCUGAAGGAUGAGAUUGAAGCCAUUCUUAAGAAGAGGAUUAUGGUGCUGGAUGGUGGGAUGGGGACCAUGAUCCAGCAGUACAAACUGAAUGAAGACAGUUUCCAAGGUCAAGAAUUUAAAGAUCACACCAGGCCACUGAAAGGCAACAAUGACAUCUUAAGUAUAACCCAACCUGAUAUUAUUUACCAAAUUCAUAAGGAAUACUUGCUGGCUGGAGCAGAUAUCAUUGAAACAAACACUUUCAGCAGCACUUGUAUUGCCCAAGCUGACUAUGGCCUUGAACACUUGGCCUACCGGAUGAACAAGUGCUCUGCAGAUGUGGCCAGAAGAGCUGCUGAGGAGAUAACUCUGCAGACAGGAAUCAAGAGGUUUGUGGCUGGAGCUCUGGGCCCUACUAAUAAGACACUUUCUGUCUCCCCAUCUGUGGAAAGGCCAGAUUAUAGGAAUGUCACAUUCGAUGAGCUUGUUGAAGCAUACCAGGAGCAGGCCAAAGGACUGCUAGAUGGUGGCGUGGAUAUCUUACUCAUUGAAACUAUUUUCGAUACAGCCAAUGCCAAAGCAGCCUUGUUUGCACUCCAGAAACUCUUUGAAGAGAAUUAUGCUCCUCCCCGACCUAUCUUUAUUUCUGGGACCAUUGUUGAUAAAAGUGGACGGACUCUUUCUGGCCAGACAGGAGAGGCGUUUGUCAUCAGCGUGUCUCAUUCAGACCCACUGUGCAUUGGAUUAAAUUGUGCUCUGGGUGCAGCUGAAAUGAGGCCUUUCAUUGAAACAAUUGGAAAAUGUACAACAGCCUAUGUCCUCUGUUACCCAAAUGCAGGUCUUCCCAAUACUUUUGGUGACUAUGAUGAAACACCAUCCAUGAUGGCCAAUCACCUAAAGGACUUUGCUAUGGAUGGCUUGGUGAAUAUAGUUGGUGGCUGCUGUGGUUCAACACCUGAUCAUAUCAGGGAAAUCGCUGAAGCUGUGAAAAAUUGUAAGCCUAGAGUUCCACCAGCUAGUGUUUUUGAAGGACAUAUGUUACUAUCUGGUCUCGAGCCCUUCAGGAUUGGACCAUACACCAAUUUUGUUAACAUUGGAGAGCGCUGUAACGUGGCAGGAUCCAAGAAGUUUGCUAAACUCAUCAUGGCAGGAAACUAUGAUGAAGCCCUGAGCAUUGCCAAAGUACAGGUGGAAAUGGGAGCUCAGGUGCUCGAUAUCAACAUGGAUGAUGGCAUGCUGGAUGGUCCCACUGCAAUGACCAGAUUUUGCAACUUUAUUGCCUCUGAACCUGACAUCGCCAAGGUGCCACUGUGCAUCGACUCUUCCAAUUUUGCUGUGAUUGAAGCUGGGUUGAAGUGCUGCCAAGGGAAGUGCAUAGUCAAUAGCAUCAGUCUGAAGGAGGGGGAGCAGGACUUCUUGGAGAAGGCCAGGAAGAUAAAGAAAUUUGGAGCUGCUGUGGUGGUUAUGGCUUUUGAUGAGGAAGGACAGGCAACAGAAACAGAUGUUAAAAUCAGUAUAUGCACCCGAGCCUACCAUCUACUUGUGGAAAAACUGAGCUUCAAUCCAAAUGACAUUAUCUUUGACCCCAACAUUCUUACCAUUGGUACUGGAAUGGAAGAACAUAACUUGUAUGCUAUCAAUUUUAUUCAUGCAACAAGAAUCAUUAAAGAAACAUUACCAGGAGUCAGAAUAAGUGGAGGUCUUUCUAACUUGUCCUUCUCCUUCCGAGGGAUGGAAGCCAUUCGAGAAGCAAUGCAUGGUGUUUUCCUUUACCAUGCGAUCAAGUUUGGUAUGGACAUGGGGAUAGUCAAUGCAGGCAAUCUACCCGUGUAUGAUGAUAUCCAAAAAGACCUUCUUCAGCUCUGUGAAGACCUCAUCUGGAACAAAGACCCUGAGGCUACUGAAAAACUCUUACGAUAUGCCCAGACUCAUGGCAAAGGAGGGAAGAAAGUCAUCCAGACAGAUGAGUGGAGGAGUGGCUCCAUUGAAGAGCGUCUUGAGUAUGCUCUCGUGAAGGGCAUUGAAAAGCAUAUUGUUGAAGAUACUGAAGAAGCCAGGUUAAACCAGGAAAAAUACCCCCGACCUCUGAAUAUAAUUGAAGGGCCUCUAAUGAAUGGCAUGAAAGUGGUUGGUGAUCUUUUUGGAGCUGGAAAAAUGUUUCUACCUCAGGUUAUAAAGUCAGCCCGUGUCAUGAAGAAGGCUGUUGGACACCUUAUCCCUUUCAUGGAAAAAGAAAGAGAAGAAGCAAGAAUUCUUAAUGGUUCGGUUGAAGAAGAGGACCCUUACCAAGGCACCAUUGUGCUGGCCACUGUUAAAGGUGAUGUGCACGACAUAGGCAAGAACAUUGUUGGUGUGGUGCUAGGAUGCAAUAAUUUCCGAGUUAUUGAUUUAGGAGUCAUGACUCCCUGUGAUAAGAUACUUCAAGCAGCUCUUGACCACAGAGCAGAUAUAAUUGGCUUAUCAGGACUCAUCACUCCAUCCCUGGAUGAAAUGAUUUUUGUUGCUAAGGAAAUGGAGAGGUUGGCUAUAAAUAUUCCGUUGUUGAUAGGAGGAGCAACAACUUCAAGAACCCACACAGCAGUUAAAAUAGCUCCACGGUACAGCGCGCCAGUAAUCCAUGUCCUAGAUGCAUCCAAGAGUGUGGUGGUGUGUUCUCAGCUGUUAGAUGAAAAUCUGAAAAAUGACUACAUUGAAGAAAUACAGGAAGAGUAUGAAGAUAUUAGACAGGAUCAUUAUGAGUCUCUCAAGGAGAGAAAAUACUUAUCCCUAACUCAAGCCAGAAAAAAUGGUUUCCACAUCGAUUGGCUGUCUGAACCUCACCCAGUGAAGCCCACAUUUCUUGGGACCCAGGUCUUUGAAGACUACAACCUGCAAACGCUGGUGGACUACAUUGACUGGAAGCCUUUCUUUGAUGUCUGGCAGCUCCGGGGCAAGUACCCGAAUAGAGGCUUCCCCAAGAUAUUUAACGACAAAACAGUAGGUAAAGAAGCCAGAAAGGUAUAUGAUGAUGCUCAGAAUAUGCUGAACAUACUGAUAAGUCAAAAGAAACUCCAGGCCAGGGGUGUGGUUGGAUUCUGGCCAGCACAGAGUGUCCAGGAUGACAUCCACUUGUAUGCAGAGGGUGUGGUACCCCAGGCUUCGGAGCCCAUAGCCACCUUCUAUGGGCUGAGGCAGCAGGCUGAGAAGGACUCCUCCAGUACAGACCCCUACCACUGCCUCUCAGACUUCAUUGCUCCUCUGCAUUCUGGUGUCCGCGACUACUUGGGUCUGUUUGCUGUUGCCUGCUUUGGGGUUGAAGACCUGAGUAAAGCCUACGAGGAUGAUGGCGAUGACUACAGCAGCAUCAUGGUGAAGGCAUUGGGGGACCGGCUGGCAGAGGCCUUUGCAGAGGAGCUCCAUGAGAGAGUUCGCCGAGAACUGUGGGCUUACUGCAGCAGUGAGCAGUUGGAUGUUACAGACUUGCGCAAACUCCGGUAUGAAGGCAUCCGGCCAGCUCCUGGUUACCCCAGCCAGCCUGACCAUACUGAGAAGCUCACCAUGUGGAGACUGGCCAACAUUGAGCAGGCUACAGGCAUCAGUUUGACAGAAUCCUUGGCGAUGGCACCUGCUUCAGCAGUAUCAGGCCUCUACUUCUCCAAUGUAAAGUCUAAAUACUUUGCUGUGGGCAAAGUUUCCAAGGAUCAGAUUGAAGAUUAUGCUUUGAGGAAGGACAUGCCUGUGGCCGAGGUGGAGAAAUGGCUUGGCCCUAUUCUGGGAUAUGAUACAGACUGACUUCUUUCUCUGUCGUGCCCGCUCUUUUUUUUUUCUUUAAAACCUUUAUGUUUGCUGACCUCAGGGGGGUACAAUCCAGAGUGCCUUAGAAAUAACAACAAAAGCACCUUGCGCUGCUGGCCUCCCCCACUGCCAUUGUUGGAAGGCUGGUUGGUGGCAGGUGAUAUAGAGCAGGUCUUCUGGGGUCCUAGAACAUAAGUACUUUUUCAGGGACCUUAAAUGAGGUGCAUCAAGGUGCCAAGGCUCAUGGUGUCGUUAGGUCAUUAGAAUUGGAGCAAGCAGAAGACAUCUUUUGCAUUUCAAAGCAAGUCAACUAGCUUUUCCCCAUUUUAGCCUUUGACCUAGGAGGGCAUUUGUGCCUGUUUUUUGUUGUUUGGUUUUUUUGUUUGUUUUUAUUGUUUUUCUCACAUUUGAAAAAAGGUCCUGAAAAUAAGUUGAAUAGGGGAAUGUAUAAAGAAAUGUGACAUUUCAAUCUAAGUGUUUCAACAGUAGGCUUGGACAGGGAGGAAGGUGUUCCUCUCUUUUCUCCUGCAAGACCAUAUUUUCUGAGGUUCAACUAACUGACUGUAGAAUUCUUUGGCAGAGGCCUACUCACUGCUUGCUGGACAGAAAUACUGGAACUGUUUGCCCUGGUGUGCUGGUGUGGCUAGGCACAGUCACAUUUUCCAUGCUUGUAGUUUCUUGGUCCCUUGCACUACUGGAAAAAUGGAAGAGAAAGAUAGUGACUUCCAAGGGUAUUAUUUAACAUCUAGCUGUUCUCAGAAUGAGUAGGCUCUCAGCUGAGCCCUGGUAUUUGUGCAGAGCUGAACCUGUGGGUGGCUAAGCCACGCAGUUCUUUGCCUGUACCUGACUCCAAAAUCAUAUAUUUUGGAUAUACUAUACUGUUUUGCUCUUUGUUAUUUCUGGAAAGAUUGUUCAGAGCAUUAGGCUCUGAAAACGAGACUUCAACAUCAACUUUGCUGUGUAACUUCCAUGUGACAUAAGCCAAGUGCUCAGUCUUCCCAGCGUUAUCUGCUCAUCUAUAAAAUGAGAACAGUGAUCUUAAUUUCUGUCUCAUUGGGUGAGGUUUAAACAGGAUUGUGCAUAGAGACAGCUCAGAUACACACAGAUGUCUAAGUGGAUGUCUGUAGAGCUCUGUAGUCUUAGCACUAUAGGUCCUCAUGAAAAGAAGAAAAGCUCAAAAGAGGAGGUAGUGUAGGGAAAUAUGUGUGGGAAUCUUGGGGCAACAACAGGAUAUCUGAGAGGAGUGUCAGUGAGGGUCUAGUGAUGGUGUGCCAGAGGCCUUGAACCAGACCAGUGGCUCAUUGCAAUGAAUAUUUGUGAUGGGACUGAUUGGACAGAAGGGUAUAAUGCAUGACACACCCACUGCAGCUCCCAAUGCUACUAGGAGGAAUGAAGAGGUGUUUGCUUUGAGAGGGCAUUUUUAAAAAAAGUAACUGAUAAGGGAUUAGUAACCAGAAUGUAUAAAAAUUUUCUUCUCGAAAAAAGAAUAGGAAAGCCGUCUCAUGAGGCUGGUGAGCAGAUGUUUUGUGGUGAUGAGAAGUGUGGGAUUCUGUUUUCUGUAUGUAACAUUUGCAAGACCAUCUGUAGGUAGUCACACAUGCUUCACGUCACUGCUUGAGAAUUGUUACACCUCACAGAUGGGAGCAUCUGCAGAAUGAAUGUGGGCAGAGCUCCUCGUCAUGUUCAACCAUGUCUUACGUUUUGGCCGUGGCAAUAUAGUCAUGUUAGUAACCGAUAACUGAAGUUCUGUCCAUGCGAGAAUGGUUUCCUAAGGUGCCCUCAGGUACAUGGUGCAGUGAAGGUGAUAAGGGCAAUCUUGCGACCACUUAAAGCAUGAUGCCUAAUUUAUUGAUUUCAGAAGUGUAAGACCAAAGAAUAUAUGUGGUAGCUACAUAUGCUUUAAAGUCUUACAAAGUUACAGAAAAUCCAAAAGUAAACUUAGUGAUAGAUAGCCUAUGGGGGGAGGAGUAAAAAGGGCCAGAGAAGUACACAGCUGAAUUAUGAAAUUACUUUAGUUCUUGGACGUGAGGGUUAUGGCUGUUUACAGCAUUUUUGUAUAUUUUAGAUUUGCUAUAUUUAAUGUGUAUUUAAUAUAUUUUAAACAAUAAAGUGGAAUAGUAACUGCA